CCUUUAUUUACGCCAACUUCCUUUUCCGGUUAAAUCUUCAACAUGGCAUUGAUACUGCCAGAGAAGUUUCAACACAUUCUUCGUAUUAUGAAUACGAAUAUUGAUGGUCGCAGGAACAUUAUGUUCGCAAUGACUGCCAUCAAGGGUAUCGGUAGGCGUUAUGCCAAUGUUGUAUGUAAAAAGGCUGAUGUUGACAUUUCCAAGAGAGCAGGAGAACUAAGUGAAGAAGAGAUUGAAAAAGUCAUCACCAUCAUGUCCAAUCCAAGACAGUACAAAAUCCCUGAUUGGUUCCUCAACAGACAAAAAGAUGUUAAGGAUGGAAAAUUCAGCCAAGUAAUGUCCAAUGCUCUGGAUAACAAACUUCGAGAGGAUUUAGAAAGACUGAAGAAAAUCAGAGCACAUAGAGGACUUCGACACUACUGGGGAUUGAGGGUCAGAGGUCAGCAUACAAAGACCACAGGAAGACGUGGUAGAACUGUUGGUGUAGCCAAGAAGAAAUAAACUUGUUAAUAAAGGCAGUGAAAGGA